AUGUCCCCUCCGCAGUCUGCAGAUGGCACAAGCAGGUCAGCCUUGUCUCCAGUGGAGACUAAGCCAUAUAUUCACGAUUCAGCCGACUCCUUCACCUACCUCCUCCCUCCGAGGCCGAACCCCUCAGCAGAUACCGGACUGGCGAUCAAGAAUUGCGACGAUGUUGGCUCCUCUCCACCAUCUCCAAACAGCAUGGACGUCUUCACCAUCGGUCCUGUGACUGCACUGAAGCUGUUAUGUGGAGGCAUUGAAGCACUUGUCAGGAUCACCGGGGAUGUUCCACCGACACCCCCGCCAGCAUUUACAACACCUCCUAAUAUGCGUGGAAUGCAGGCCGAGAAGGAAAACAUUGCCAGAAGCAAUUCAUACAAAAAUUUUGCUGAGUUGCAUAAACGCCCAAGGACACCGUCAGCAUCAAGUGGAGGAUCGGAGGAUAUCGAUGGAGUAAACUUCAAGAAGACCCCUAUAGGCAGCCCGGAAGUUGCCCCAUCGCAGCCGUAUAUUAUCAUAGGAGACAACGCCGAGCCUCUUAACAUCCAGCACGGUGCAAUUACGCGGAAAUUCUACUCCAAGCAUCCACCUCCAAUUUCUCUGGAGGAUUAUUUGAUGCGCAUCCAUAAAUUCUGCCCUAUGUCUACAGCGGUCUAUCUGGCGACGAGUUUCUACAUCCACAAACUAGCAGUCGACGAGAGAGCAAUACCGGUCACCAGGCGCAACUGCCACCGACUGCUCUUAGCAGGCUUGCGAGUCGCUAUGAAGGCACUUGAGGAUCUUAGCUACCCACACUCACGGUUUGCGAAGGUCGGAGGGGUCAGUGAGAACGAAUUAGCAAGACUGGAGAUCAGUUUUUGCUUUUUAACGAACUUCGAGUUCAAGACGAGCAAAGAGACAUUGUUGGAGCACGCUAUCAGUCUCAAAGAGAUCUCGUCACUUCAAGGAGCAGUGCAUUUUGUUCCGAGGAUGCCGUUAAAGACCAAGAGGAGACCGACUCUUACCACUGUAGGAGUACAGGAAACAAAGCAAGAAGUUACAGCGGAUGCAUAG